AUGCAUUCAUAUGCACUGCUCUUGCCUCCUCCAUGCGCGCGGCUGUUGUUGAAAUGUGUGUUCCUUCCACCCUGUGCUGCCAUGCCGUGUGCUGUGCAUGCGUGCAGGGAGGAGCUGAGGGCGUUUGAGCGGUCAAUCAAAGGCGACAUGGAGCAAGUCGACGAGCGGCAGGAGGAGGAGGAGCGUGCCUCCUCCUCCUUGCUCAUUUUUGAGUCGACUCAAAAGUCAACUCGUAGCGUGCCUCUUCCUCCUUGCUCAUUGCAUUUCUCUCCUUCCUCUUGGAUUGAGACUCUGCUUCUGGAUCGUAUUGAGCGGUAUCGGCAGCGGCAAGCCCGGGAGCAGGGCGAGGCUGGAGAGAGGGGGGCUGGGGAGGGUGCUGUGAUGAAUGGUGUGGGUGGAAGAGGAGGGGAAGCGGCGGAAAUAGAGGGAAGAAAAAGAAGUGUGGAGAGAGGGGAACAGGAUGUGGAAGGGGAGGCUGGGAGCGGUGAUGGGGAUGAGAAGGGAGGGGAGGAGGAUGGAACGGAAGGUAAUUAUGAUGAUGAGGAGGAGGAGGAGGAGGAGGAGGAGGAGGAGGAGGAGGAGGAGGAGGAGGAGGAGGAGGAGGAGGAGGAGGAGGAGGAGGAGGAGGAGGAGGAGGAGGAGGAGGAGGAGGAGGAGGAGGAGGAGGAGGAGGAGGAGGAGGAGGAGGAUGAGGGAGACGAGGAUGAGGAUGAAGCGGGAGACGAGGACGAGGAUGAAGAGGACGAUGAUAUUGAAGCUGAAAUUUUCGAUUGGCGAGCCAAGCGCUUAUGA